AUGACACUGGAAACAGUCUGCAGGUUCUCCAUGGCGAGCAGAGGAAGCUUCACCAGCUCCGAGUUCUCCGAGGAGGAACUGGAUGGGAGUCCUCAAGGGUCCGAGGAGCUGGACAGCAGCGAUGGCAGCAGCCUGACAGGGUGUUACCCCACCGGCACCCUAAGCGAGCUGGAGGAGAGACAGAGCAAGAAACGCAGCAGACCGGUGCGCUCCAAAGCACGCAGAGUGGCGGCCAACGUGAGAGAGAGGAAACGCAUCAUGGAUUAUAACCAGGCCUUCAACGCGCUCCGAGUGGCUUUGCAUCAUGACCUGGGCGGAAAACGUCUGUCGAAGAUUGCCACGCUCCAGAGAGCCAUCAAUCGCAUCUCUGCUUUGUCUGUAUUUCUCACCAACAACCCACCUGCAAGUACGGGGAAGCCCUGCAGCCACUUCGACUGUCACGGUCCGCCCGGCGGCUUGUGGUCAGAGACGGAGCCGUCGCCUCCUGUCCGCCUCGAAUCGCAAAACUUCCUAUCCUGGCAUCAGCCGCUCACCCACCAUAUACAAAACCCAUUGCACAGACUGUCCUCCGAGCAACACGUUUUUACGGGCCCUGCUUGUCCGCCGUCCCCUCACUACCCGUGUUUCUCAGCUGACGCCCAGCUUUACCCACCUAGCAGUGGGGCAAGCCCACCCAGGUACGGACGGAGAGGGGAUGUCGGGACGUAUCAGCCAGGAGUUUGGGGCUCUUGUGGCCCGAAUCAUAUAGACAAUUACGGGGACACUCUCCAGACGCUGCCCCUGCCCUGGCACAUGGGUUACCUACAGGACGCUGGGCCUCAGCACUGCUACAACACACUGUGA